AUGUCAGAAUACACAACCGACAUCAAUGGGCUCGGUACCCUCCACCUCUUCGACGCAAUUUGUACGGCCGGGCUCGAGAAACACGCCAGGUUCUACCAAGCAUCCAGUUCAAAGCUCUAUAGAGAGGUAGUCGAGACGCCCCAGGGCGAGACCACCCCGUUCCAUUCUCGCAGUUUGCACGGUGUCGCCAAGCUUUAUGCAUAUUGGAUCAUGGCAAACUACCGUGACUCCGCUGUUUGUACCUCAGUAACAUCGCUAAACAAAGAUGUGGACUACGUCAAGGGCAUGUGGCGCAUGUUCCAACAACCCACCCCUGUCCUCGUGACGGGAGAGGCUUACCCUGUGAGAGAAUUUGUGGAAAAGGCCUUUGCAAUGACGAUAAGUAUCGCCGUUUUUGAAUUUGAGUGCUCGGAAGGAACCGGCACCACACGUCUAGUUUAUGGUUGCUUUCCCGCCCGGACCGUUGGACUGGCGCGGCUGGUAAUGCUAGCUAUGGCCGCACCCUCAUAG